AAUGCAGAAUUAUAUCACUCGCGAAAUAAACACUCUGGAAUCCAAUACGCCACAGGCUUUCCAUAGCCUUAAAAACUCAAUAUCGCAGAUUAAAGUGGAGCAAAAAAAUCAAAUCAAAAAACAACAAAUUAAGCUGGAGAUGGUGGUGCAGCAGCAGCAACAACAACUUGACAACGCCUUUCGCCUGAUUGAGGAGCUGCAGGCUCAAAUAGAGCAGCCGGUGCUACGGCAGCAAGGCCUGCAGCAGGCGGUGCUGCGGCAGCAAGGUCUGCAGCAGCAGGCGCUACGGCAGCAAGGCCUGCAGCAGCAGGUGCUACGGGAGCAAGGCCUGCAGCGGCCGGUGGUGUUGCACCCGGUGUGGUCGUACCCGGUACAACCACAAUAAACAACAAGAUGACAACACACAAGCCUCGCAACCUCCAUUCUCCAACUUGGACUUAAUGUUGGGCGGCACGUCUGCUUCCUUUUCCGCUUCCUUCUGCUUUGCCGGCUUU